GUAUAUAUAUAAAAAAAUUAAAAAUAAAAAGAUUCAAAAUAACAAGGACAAAAUAUUAUUCAACUUUGGGGAAAGUGCUUAAAUUUUAAAAUCAAAUUGAAGGGGAAAAUUUACUUUCACCAAAUUUUAUCGUCAUCAAUCAUCACAGACAAAAAAAAAAAAAUUAUUUUCAAGAGAUUAAAUUACGGUACUUACUUUUGAACUUCACUGCACAAAUUACUCAAUGUCGAACUGAAAAAAAAAAAAAAAAAAAAAAAAAAAAAAAAACAAAUCUUGUACGUGACUGCUGAUGAGACUAAGGCGUUAUGGAUUCCAUCAAAAUUUUGUCCCUCUUGAAAUCAUCCCUUAGUAUUUCAACAUCACUGAAACAAGCCAAACUGUUGCACCAAAAGAUUGUCACUCUAGGCUUACAAAGCAACAUUAUUUUAUCCAAGAAUCUAAUUAACCUAUACAUCUCUUGCCAUGAUUUCCAUUCCACUAAGCUAGUCUUUCAAAAUCUUGAGAACCCUCUUGAUAUCACUUUAUGGAAUGGUCUAAUGGCUGCUUAUACUAAGAACCAUAUGUUCAAUGAAGCUCUUCAACUCUUUGACAAGUUGUUACAAUUCCCAUAUCUUAAACCUGAUAGUUACACUUUCCCUACUGUUCUUAAGGCUUGUAGUGGUUUUGGAAAUGUCCAAUGUGGUCAAAUGAUACAUGCUCAUUUGAUUAAAACUGGGUUUUUAUCAGAUGUUGUUGUGACAAGUUCAGUGAUUGGGAUGUAUGCGAAAUGCGACUUUUUCAGGUCAGCUAUACAUCUGUUUGAUGAAAUGCCUGAAAGAGAUGUUGCGUGUUGGAAUACUGUGAUUUCAUGCUACUAUCAAAGUGGGCAAUUUGAAAAAGCUCUUGAAUUUUUUGAGAAGAUGAAGGAUUUGAGAUAUAUGCCUAAUUCGGUUACCUAUACAGCUGCAAUCUCAUCAUGUUCGAGGCUUUUGGAUGCGAAAAGAGGGGAGAGCAUUCAUCAGGAAUUAGUGAAUAAUAAGUUUCUGUUGGAUGGUUUUGUAAGUUCUGCUCUUGUGGACAUGUAUGGGAAAUGUGGCUUCUUAGAGAAGGCCAAACGGAUUUUUGAACAAAUCCCUGGUAAGAGUUUGGUUUCUUGGAAUUCCAUGAUAUCUGGGUAUAGUUUGAGAGGUGAUAGCAAAUCAUGCAUUGAGCUUUUACGAAGGAUGAAUGAAGAAAACAUGAAACCCUCUUCCGUGACUUUAAGCAGCUUAUUAAUGGCGUGCUCUAAAUCUGCUCAAUUGCAGCAUGGGAAGUUUCUUCAUGCAUAUAUAAUUCGAAAUAAUAUAGGAUCUGAUGUCUUUCUUAACGCUUCACUUGUUGACUUAUAUUUCAAGUGUGGCAGAGUGGAGAGUGCCCAAAAUGUCUUUAGUAAGAUCACAAAGAAGAAUGUGGAAGCCUGGAAUGUAAUGAUCUCUGGAUAUGUGUCAGCUGGCUACUACUUGGAGGCUCUUGACGUUUAUAAUGACAUGAAGUUGGCAGGGAUAAAGCCUGAUGCAAUCACUUUGACUAGUGCCUUGGUAUCUUGUUCACAGUUGGCAGCUUUAGAACAGGGCAAGGAGAUCCACAAGUGUAUUGUUGAUAAUAGGUUGGAAUCCAGUGAAAUUGUUAUGGGAUCGCUGCUUGAUAUGUAUGCUAAAUGUGGUGCGGUAAGUGAAGCUUUUGAAGUCUUUGAUGAGUUGCCUGAGAGAGAUCUGGUAUCAUGGACUACAAUGAUCUCCGCAUAUGGAUCUCAUGGCCAAGCUUUUGAAGCGUUAAAACUCUUUAAUGAAAUGCUGUAUUCUAAUGUACAACUGGACAGAGUUGCAUUCCUUGCAGUAAUUUCUGCAUGUGCUCAUGCUGGAUUAGUGGAUGAAGGUUACCGUUAUUUUAAUUUAAUGGUCAGCAACUGUGGCAUCCAACCAUCAGCUGAAGAGUACUCAUGUCUAAUUGACCUUCUUGGACGUGCGGGAAGAUUGCGUGAAGCCUAUGCAAUUCUGCAGAGCAACGCGCACAUCGGGGAGGAUGUUGAGUUAUUAACUGCAUUAGCUUCUGCAUGCCAUUUGCAUGGGGAACUAGAUAUUGGUGAAGAAAUCGGAAAAAUGCUUACUCAAAAAGACGAAGAUGAUCCGUCUACUUACAUUGUUUUGGCAAAAAUAUAUGCUUCGCAGAACAAAUGGAAUGAGGUACGCAAGUUGAGACUGAAGAUGAAGGAGCUGGGAUUGAGGAAGAAACCUGGAUGUAGUUGGAUUGAAGUAGACAAGCGGACUCAAACUUUCUUGGCAGAUGAUAAAUCAUUCCCGCUAGUAGACAAUGUUUAUCAAUGUCUAUCGUUAAUAAAUAGUGACAUGGAAAACUAUGAAUGCUUUAGCAUUAAUAGCAACGGAGAUGAAUUCUACUCACAGCCAACUACUUGACCAAAUCAAUCUCCCUGCUCAUAGAAAUAACUUUGUUUUUCCAAACAAAUGACACACUGAUCGGAAAGACAUUGUUUGGUCUCUUAUGGAUGUUCGCCUCAUAGUGGAUAAGAGCAAGAUCCUUCAAAUUCAAAUUGACAGUUCUGAAAUAUUUAAGGUAGGAAGCCUUGUUCACAAGGCUCAACUCUAAGAGGUAAGACUGGAAUGAUGCUAUUAACAGCUGGAUAUGUGUCAGUGCUUCUACUUGGAGGCUCUUGAUGACUAUAUACUGGCAUGAAGGUGGCAGGGGUAAAAACUGAUGCAAGAGUCUUGGCAUCUCGUUUACAGUUGGCAAACUGCGCAAGAAGAUCCUCAAGUGUAUAUGGACAUUAUGUUGGAAUGAAAUAAAAUUGAUCAAUGGGGGCCUAACUACCAGAUUCCAAGCCAAGAAAGGUUAAGGCAAGGAGAUCCUAUGUCUCCUUGCCUCUUUGUCUUGGCUAUGGAAUAUUUAAACAGAUCAUUGAAGCAACUUAUGCAUGUGUCUGCCUUCAAGUAUCAUCCACAAUGUGCCAAGAUCAAAUUGGUGCAGAUCUGCUUUUGAUGACCUUCUCAUGUGUUGUAGAGCUGACAAAUCUAUUAAGCUGAUGUUGAAUAGAUUUGAACACUUCUCUGAGGUAUCAAGCUUGAAAGCAAAUAUGGUAAGAGUUCCUUGUAUAUAUCAGGUGUAUCAAAUGAAUCUAGGGAUCAACUACUGGCUGAGAUGCAUUUUGCCCCGGGAGAAAUGCCUUUUAAAUAUCUAGGAGUACCCCCUGUAUUCUAGAAAGCUCAAUGUCAGUCAGUGCUUACCCUAGUGGAUAGAAUUAUUACUAGAAUAAAAUGCCGGACAUCAAAAUUCCUAUCUUAAGGUGGCAGACUCAGUUGAUCAAAAGUGUAUUGUUUGAAAUCAAGACAUAUUGGACCCAAGUCUUCUUAUUGCCUAUGAAGAUACUCUCUAGGAUAAGUGGAUAACCAGUGUUUGUAGAAAUUUCAUGUGGACCGGAAGCAAUGAGUGUUCAAGGGAGCCCUGGUAGCCUGGGAUACUCUAUGUCAGCCCAAAUCUACUGGUGGACAAUCUGCUGAACUUCUUCCUGUGAAACAAAGCAGCAAUUUGUAAACUUAAUAUGGACUGUCGCUUAGGAGAAGGAGACAUUAUGGGUGAAAUGGAUACAUAAUUUCUACAUAGAAGGAAGGGACUUAGCUACUGUUAGCUCUCGUAAACAAGCUAGCUGGUUGGUGAGCAAGAUUCUUGAUGCUAGAAGGUGGUUAAAUGACAAUGAAGAUAUAUCCAUAGUACUGGAUAGAUUUACUAUCCAAGGUAAAUUCAGUAUUAAGAGGGCUUAGAAUUCACUACUUCCACAAUAUCCAAAGCCCCAUGGAAGAAAUUGAUCCUGACUGGCCUACUGCCUAGACAUCACUUUGUGUUGCGGCUAGCGCUGCAUAACAUGCUCCCAACAGUUGAAAGACUCCGCAGAUAGAGCAUUCAGGUGGCCACAGAGUCUGUCCUCUGUCAAUCAAAUGCUGUGGAAUCUCAUUCACAUCUGUUCUUCAAUUGCUCUUAUUUGGAUGACACUACUUACUUGGAUGGGCAUAAAUAGACAGGUUGAUGACUGGGAAAUAGAGGUGCAAUGGUUAUCUUUUAUAAUACAUAGCGCAAGAGUUAAGAUCAUGAUUCUGGAUUCAUCUUUGCUGCAGUGAUAUACCAUGUCUGGAUUUGAAAGAAACAGUCGAAGGUUUAAUCAAGCGGCAAGGGAGAGGCGGAGAGCACAAAUAGAGUCAAAGAGGUCAUAUUGCAGCUGCAUAGUAUGGGACAGAGACACCUCAAGUGGAAGAGCAUACUAGAAAUGCUUAAUAGUUUUCCCUGUUAAAAGAGUCCAACUUUUUGUUUGUACAAUGAUUAAGGCCCUUCCUAGAAGGUGCUGAGUUCAUUAGUCUUAUUAGGAUAGUAGUCCUGUUGAUUGCAGCUCUUGUUAUUUCUGUAGGAACUAACCCUAGUGUCCAAUGAUUUAGUCGUGUAUAUUGCUUUACUUGGUUAAAUAAAUUUUUCAGUUUAACCCAAAAAUAAAAUAAGGGGGCAUUACUUGAUAUAUAUAUAUAUGCCAAUAUAUACCAACUGUGGUGUUGUAUGCGAAGCAAUCUCAUUACAAGUGUUUUUUUUUUUUUUCUUUCUUUUUUUUUUUUCCCGGUGAAACUUCAAUCUUUAAGUGUGGGCAGGUGAACAAAAUGUGAGAGUAAGGAGAACUAGCAAAACGUCUCCGCAGCCGAAGGAAUUGCAGUUUAACCAUCCGUGAUAUCGGAGAUGUCAACAGGAGUUCUCAUUCAGCCUUUUCUUAUUUUUGCUGACAAGCCUGCCUGCGCAAGCUUUUAGUGCAUAUGGGUCAAGAUGGAUUACAAAUCAUGGAUUAUUGGAUGAAGGUUGUUAAUAUUUUAAUUCAAUGGUCUGUGGCUAUGGAAUCCAUCCAGCAGCGGAAGACUAUUUAUGUUUUGUCCACCUUCUUGGACCUGCUGGAAGAUCAUGUGAACCUACGCAAUUCAAUAAAGCAAUGCAUACAUCAGUGAGGAUGGUAAUUUGUUAAUUACAUUGUUUUCCCAGUGUCAUUUGCACAAAAAACUAGAGCUUGGAUAAAAUAUUGCUAAAUUUGCUUACUCAAAAAGGGUGUGGAUGAUCCAAGGCACAACUGGCAAAUUUGUGAGAGGCAAUAUGAUACAUUCAUGACUUUCAACAUGAAGCACAAAUUUAUGGAUUGAAGGAGAACAAGCAAGCAGAAGACUAGGAACAACAGACAGAAGCUUGAUUUUUUGUAUAGAAUGGUGACCAUUUUUUGCUGGACCCUUGGUAAUGCCUUCAUCUUCAAUGUAUUACAUGUCCAAGGUAAAAAGAGUAGCCAGUUCUUUUUCUUUAGUUGAUGGCCCCUAAUUUUCUGUUUGAAAUCACUCAAUAGUGACUAUUUGGUAUAUGAAUGACUCAAGAAGUCACUUUCACAUAACCAUCAUUACUCUUACCCGUGACUUUUCACUUAGGCUCUAAAAAAAUAAAAAAAUAAAUAAAUAAAA